CAAAAAUUGUUUGUAAAGAAUUAUGAGUAAGAAGUCGCUUAAAAGACAAGAUGAGCACGCAAAAGAUACAGAUUCUGAGGAAGAAGAUGAGGAGGACUUACAGGCAGCAAUUAGGGAAAUGGUCAAGACCCCUGACAUAGAUAUAAGUCCAAGUAUAAGUGGACGGCUUUCUCAGGGUGUAAUCGAAGAAGAGUGGACACGAAAUGUGCUUCGAACAAAUCAAUCUGAGCGUGGAUCGCAAACGGGCGAUGGAAAAGAUACAACUUCAAGCACAAAGCUAAAAAAGAUAGAAAGCGACGAUAGUUGGCAAGCAAUUCUCAGUAAAAGGUUUGCUUGGACAAAUAGCAACAGAACUGAUGCCAAAGCUGAUCCAUUGGAAGAAAGCCAACAUAAACCGAAUACCAAGGAAUCCGUAAAGGAUUUCACGGAAACUACAAAAAAUGCAAACAAACCUUCUACAGACACCUCUAACGAAUGUCUAAUACGAACAGAAUACUAUGAGAAUUCUAAAAUAAAAGGCAAAGCAGCCAAAUCAAAUAAAAAUAAGUUAAGUGAUGAGGAAUCGGGCGAGGAAUCCCCGGAGUUUCUUGAUAAGUUGAGAAGAAUUGAGGAGGCCUCGAAGCCCAAAACUUGGAAGAGACCAACACCAAUAGUCACAUGGCCAAAUCAGAAUAGUUCCGCCACCAAAAAGCCUGAAAAUGCGGUGGAGACCAAGCCACAAACAGAUACUGAAGCAGCGCAUGGGUAUAUAAAUAUCUUGAAGAUACCAUUCCAUCGUAGCUUAUAUUAUGCUCCAGAAGAUCCAUCUAGUCCAGAUAAGGGUGCAGCAACAUCAGAUUCUCAACCAGAAACUGUCGAUGGCUCCGCAGUGGAUUCUGCGCAAAAGGAUGACAAAAUGUCGCCUGAAAAUGUUGAAAAUUUGGAGGAAAGCAGAAGUGGUAAGUCCGAUUCGCAAAGGACUGUCACAAUCACAGGACACUCGCACAUAACCGCCAAGUGGGAUGCCCACUGCCAUUUCAAGGAUAAGGAAACUGGAGUGGACAAGGACGCUAGGCGGGUGUUGAUAAUCGCCUGUUUCCUAUGCGGGCUCUUCCUGAUACUCGAAGUUGUUGGAGGCGUCUUAUCCAAUAGCCUGGCCAUUGCCACGGAUGCUGCUCACUUGCUAACGGAUCUGGCCUCAUUUCUUAUUUCAAUUUCUGCACUGCAUUUGGCUGGCAGACCCUCAUCGGAGCGCCUCAACUUCGGAUGGCAUCGUGCUGAAGUCAUCGGGGCCAUGGUAUCCGUAUUCUUCAUCUGGAUAGUCACAGGCAUCCUUGUGUACAUGGCUAUAAUGCGUUGGGUUAACGAGGAUUUCGAACUGGACGCCAUAAUAAUGCUGAUCACAUCGGCUCUGGCCAUAUUAUUCAAUGUGAUAAUGGCCCUUCAGUUGCAACACGGCCACUCGCACUCCCUUCCAGGACAAAAGGUGAGGAGGCCAAAGGACACGGGUUCGCCGCAAGGAAAUAAGAUGAUCUCUGGGUUCCAGGACAAUCGCCUACUGUUGGGAAAGUCCGUUUCCACCCAGUACGCGGCGAAGGGACAUGAAAACAUCAAUGUGCGAGCUGCCAUCAUUCACGUGGUUGGGGAUAUCAUCCAGAGUUUUGGCGUUUUCGUGGCCGCCCUGAUAAUAUACUUUAGGCCGGAAUGGGCCUUCAUGGACUCGGUUUGCACGUUUGUCUUUUCGGUGCUGGUUCUUGUGGUUACGUUCAAAAUCUUAAGGGACGUCCUCAUGGUCCUGAUGGAGGCCACGCCGGAUUACAUGGACUACGAGGAGGUGAAACGCACCUUUCUCUCUAUUCCGGGUGUGGAGCACGUCCAUAACCUGAGGAUAUGGGCCCUGUCCAUCAAUAAGGUGGCUUUAUCCGCCCACUUGGCCAUUUCCAAGGAAGCCGAUCCCCAGCUGAUCCUCGAGGAGGCCACCGCACUGAUCCACAAGCGAUUCAAAUUCUUCGAGACAACCAUACAAAUCGAGGAGUAUUCGCCGGAUAUGGAGAACUGCGGACAAUGCUUAAGUCCUUUGGACAAAAAUGCCAAACGCAAGUUCUCGGACCCGGAAAAGGGCGAUGGCAGGGCUGGGCGCAAAAGCGGAUCGGAUCUGCAGCGAAAUAGCAAAGCCUCGGGUUCUGAAUGAAUCUUAUAACUUGUUCAUGUUGCUUACUAUUUGUCAAUGUACUCAAUAAAUA